CAUUUUAAGCAGACCAACUACGGCUGGAACAAACUUCUCAUUGGGGUCACAAUGACCACUGAAGGCAGGGGAACUGUAGGCCUCAUCCCCAGGAGUGCUGUUUUCCAGAAGCAGGAGGGGCGCCUGACUAUGAAGCAGGAGCCAGAAAGCCAGACCUGGGGGCAGGGCUGCAGUCUCCAAAAGAACCACCCUCCUGUCUGUGAAAUCUUCCGGCUGCACUUUAGGCAGUUAUGUUACCACGAGAUGUCUGGGCCGCAGGAAGCUCUGAGCCGGCUCCGGGAGCUCUGCCGCUGGUGGCUGAUGCCAGAGGUACACACCAAGGAGCAGAUCCUGGAGCUGCUUGUGCUGGAGCAGUUCCUGAGCAUCCUGCCUGGGGAACUCCGGACCUGGGUACAGCUCCAUCAUCCCGAGAGUGGCGAGGAGGCUGUGGCUGUGGUGGAGGAUUUCCAGAGACACCUUAAUGGAUCAGGAGAGGUUUCAACCCUGGCACAGGAACAGGAAAUGCAUUUGGAGGAGACAACAGCUCUGGGUGCAACAAAGGAAUCUCCUCCUACCUCACUGCUCAGUGGGGGCUCAGUCCCUGGAGCCUGCUUGAAGCCUCUUCAUGACCCAGAGGCACACCGCCUCCCCAGUGGGCACUUUGCUCAACUUGCUUCCCCAGUUCCUGCCCUUCCCCAAGCUGGGAACUCAGGAGAACAAGCAGAGGCAACUGUGCUUCAGAUGGUGAUGCCCCAGGAUACUGCGGCGUAUGAGGACCUAUCUGUGGACUAUACUGAGAAGAAGUGGAAAGGUCUGGCCUUUUACCGGAACAUGAUGCUGGAAAAUAACCACAGUGUGGCCUCAUUGGCAGGUGAGAACAGGAUGGAGAGUUCAGAGUUGACUUUGAAACAGGAAAUUUCUAAUGGAUCAGAGUCAUCUGAUAGGACACCAGGGGGACUCUUUCCUGGGGGACCAGAGGCUGGAGACAUCUCUGAAGAUACUUUCAAGAAGCUAGAAGGGCAACCCUCAGAUGAAGAAGGGAGCAGACUAGAAAGUGAUUUUUUUGAAAUAACAGAUGAGGAUAAGAAAAAAUCCACAAAAGACAAGUGUGAAGACUAUAAGGAACUCGAGGAACAACCAAAUCUGUCCUUCAGUCCUGCUGAACAUGAACAAACUCUAAAAGGACAGAAAUCCUAUCAGUGUGAUGAAUGUGGCAAAGCUUUCAGUCGGAGUUCACACCUUAUUGGCCAUCAGAGAAUCCACACUGGAGAGAAACCCUAUGUGUGUAAUGAAUGUGGUAAGACCUUCAGGCAAACCUCUCAGCUCAUUGUUCAUCUCAGAACACACACGGGGGAAAAGCCCUAUGAAUGUAGCAAGUGUGGAAAGACCUAUCGUCAUAGCUCCCAUCUCAUUCAACACCAAAGACUCCAUAAUGGGGAGAAACCUUAUAAAUGUAAUGAAUGUGCAAAAGCCUUCACUCAGAGUUGCCAACUCAUUGACCACCAGAGAACUCAUACUGGGGAGAAACCUUAUGAAUGCAAUGAAUGUGGAGAGGCAUUCAUUCGGAGUAAAAGUCUUGUGCGACAUCAGGUCCUUCACAGUGGUAAGAAACCUUACAAGUGUAAUGAGUGUGGGAGAGCUUUCUGUUCCAAUAGAAAUCUCCUAGACCAUCAGAGAAUCCACACUGGGGAGAAGCCUUAUGAGUGUAAUGAAUGUGGCAAGGCCUUCAGUCGGAGCAAAUGUCUUAUUCGACAUCAGAGCCUCCACACUGGGGAAAAGCCAUACAAAUGUGGCGAAUGUGGGAAAGCCUUCAGUCAGAAUUCUCAACUGGUUGAUCAUGAGCGAAUUCAUACUGGAGAAAAACCUUUUGAAUGUAGUGAGUGUGGUAAGGCAUUCAGUUUGAGUAAAUGUCUUAUUCGGCACCAGAGACUUCACACAGGUGAAAAGCCCUAUAAGUGCAAUGAAUGUGGAAAGUCCUUUAAUCAAAACUCACACCUUAUUAUACAUCAGAGAAUUCACACUGGUGAGAAACCCUAUGAAUGUAAUGAGUGUGGAAAGGUCUUCGGUUAUAGCUCCAGCCUUAUGGUACAUCAGAGAACACAUACUGGGGAAAAACCCUAUAAAUGCAAUGAUUGUGGGAAAGCCUUUAGUGACAGCUCACAGCUUAUUGUGCACCAGAGAGUUCACACUGGAGAGAAACCUUAUGAAUGUAGCGAGUGUGGGAAAGCCUUUAGUCAGCGCUCCACUUUUAAUCACCACCAGCGAACUCACACUGGAGAGAAGCCCUCAGGUCUGGCUCGGUCAGUUUCUUAA